UGGGGAGAACUACAGUAACGCCUCCCGUGUGUCAUAAAGAAGCCGGGCGGCCAGAAAAAUAUAAAUACAGAAGAACAUCCUCAGGACGUCCUUCUGGCUUUUGGGAGACUUUUGAUGGAUUAUUAGUCGGGCCUGCCUGGUGACAGAGCAUAUUUAGGAAAAGAUGGUCGGUCUCAAACCCUCAGACGUCCCCCCCCCUCUCGCCGUGAAGAUGGCGAGCGCCGGGGCGGCGGCGUGCAUCGCCGACCUGGUCACCUUCCCGCUGGACACGGCCAAAGUCAGACUGCAGGUCCAAGGCGAGAAGGCAGUGGAGGCCACCAAGAACAUUCGCUACAGAGGCGUGUUUGGCACCAUCAGCACCAUGGUCCGCACUGAGGGGCCCAGGUCCUUGUACAACGGCCUGGUGGCGGGUCUGCAGAGGCAGGUCUGCUUCGCCUCCGUUAGGAUCGGUCUCUACGACAACGUCAGGGACUUUUACACCGGAGGAGCCCAGAAUCCAGGAGUGUUGAUGCGUAUCCUGGCCGGCUGCACGACGGGCGCCAUGGCGGUGUCGUUCGCUCAGCCCACAGACGUGGUGAAAGUGAGGUUCCAAGCGCAGGUGAACUUGGACGGUGUUGCCCGGCGCUACAGCGGCACCAUGCAGGCCUACAAACACAUCUUCCAAAACGAGGGCCUGCGCGGACUCUGGAAAGGAACUCUACCCAACAUCACAAGAAAUGCGCUGGUUAACUGCACAGAGCUGGUGACCUACGACCUCAUCAAAGAGGCUAUCCUGCGACACAAGCUCAUGUCAGACAAUCUUCCGUGUCAUUUUGUGUCUGCCUUCGGCGCCGGCUUUGUUACCACGGUGAUCGCCUCCCCGGUGGACGUGGUAAAAACCAGGUACAUGAACUCGCCGCCGGGUCAGUACAAGAGCGCCAUCAACUGCGCCUGGACCAUGUUGACCAAAGAGGGGCCUACAGCGUUCUACAAGGGUUUCGUACCAUCCUUCCUGAGGCUGGGCUCGUGGAACGUUGUGAUGUUUGUCUCCUUUGAGCAAAUUAAGCGGGGCAUGAUGGUCACCAAGAAGAGGUUUGAGGACGCUAACUGAGCCUGGUGGUGGAGGGAACGCACCGGGUGCUAUUUUAGGCACACCUGCAGGGGGGCGGAGAAGCCAUUUUUGUUCUCAGAUUGAGGAACGGGGGGCCGUCCCAUAGCACUUGUUGAAGUAUUUUCAGUGUAUAAUAUUGGAUGGUGCAGGUGUGCCCGCCUAAAAACUGCACUUUAACAGGACAAACUUCAGGCAGCUGAAGUAGUGACGGUGUCAUAACAUGUUUAUAAGCAUCCUAAAUAUAUCAGUGUACAUAUCUGACCUGUUUUACACGUGUGCUUCUUCUACUUCAAAGUGUGUUUAAAGGCCUACUGAAAUGCGAUUUUGUUAUUUAAACGGGGAUAGCAGGUCUAUUUUAUGUGUCAUACUUGAUCAUUUCGCGAUGUUGCCAUAUUUUUGUUGAAAGGAUUUAGUAGAGAACAUCGACGUUAAAGUUUGCAACUUUUGGUGCUGAUAAAAAAGCCUUGCCUGUACCGGAAGUAGCAGACGAUGUGCGCGUGACGUCACGGGUUGUGGAGCUCCUCACAUCUGAACAUUGUUUACAAUCAUGGCCACCAGCAGCGAGACUGACUCGGACCGAGAAAGCGACGAUUUCCCCAUUAAUUUGAGCGAGGAUGAGGAAAGUGAGAGUGAAAGACUAGAGGAAAAAAAAAGGACAAGAGGGCAAUGGGAGCGAUUCAGAUAGGGAAGAUGCUGUGAGAGGCGCCGUGGCAGCCGUGGGGGUGGCAGGACCACUCGGCCGGGCCCAACCGCAACAAGGGAUAAAGCCAUACCGCUUUGAACCCGACGCUGACGGUGAUGGUCAGGUGGACGCUACUGAUAUUGAUGCUGGAGUAGCACACAAUAUAGAUCGCCUUCAGAAUACAGAAUGGUAAAAUGUUUUUUAUUAAUACACAUAAUACACUGUACUUUGUGUGUGUGGUCCAAUCCAACCGUGUUCGCUUGACAUCUCUGUUCCAUAGUAAAGCUUGACUGUCAUCUUUUGGGAAUGUAAACAAUGACACACCAGCUGUGUUUGUGUUGCUAAAGGCGGCUGCAAUACAGUGCUUCCCACCUACAGCUUUCUUCUUUGAUGUCUCCAUUGUUCAUUGAACAAAUUGCAAAAGAUUAACCAACACAGAGGUCCAGAAUACUGUGAAAUUUUGCGAUGAAAACAGACGAUUAAUAGCUGGCCACGAUGCUGGAGCAAAAUGUCCUCUACAAUCCGUGACGCCACGCACACGCGUCAUCAUACCGAGACGUUUUCAGCAGGAUAUUUUGGCGCAAAAUUUUAAAUUGCAAUUUAGUAAACUAAAAAGGCCGGAAUUGGCAUGUGUUGCAAUGUUGAUAUUUCAUCAUUGAUAUAUAAACUAUCAGACUGCGUGGUCGCUAGUAGUGGCUUUCAGUAGGCCUUUAAUAGUUGAAGUGGCUACAUCACGCUUUGAACAAUCACAAACAAACAAAAGGCAUCAGUCACAUUAUUAAGGACGUAAAUAUCAAAAUCCUGAGCCGACCAACUUAAAGUGUUUAUGUUAUUUGACACUUUUCAACGUGUCUUUGGACCACAAUAUAGCCAUAGGGCUGCUGCCUCGUUAAAAGAGCUGAACAACUCACCGCCACGUCCGCCGUCCUCGCCACGUCUAAACAUGGAAUGUUAGUGCUUCUUUCUCGGUGUUGCGUAUCACAUGGAUCAGAGCGUGAGAGACACGUCGGGGUCCUUCAGAUGCGUCUGGACAAUGUUAUGGAAUUUUUCCCUGUACUGGUUGAACAACAUGAUGCUUUCCGGUUCCUCUGCGAUCCAGAAUUUGUCAAACUCAAACGCCAGGUAGC